GGACUGCAGGGACAGGGAGACGGACUGCAGGGGCAGGGAGACGGACUGCAGGGACAGGGAGACGGACUGCAGGGACAGGGAGACGGACUGCAGGGACAGGGAGACGGACUGCAGGGACAGGGAGACGGCCUGCAGGGAGAUGGGCUCAGAGGAGAGAAGUUCAGCCAUGUCUCACAAGAUCUCUUCCCCCUCACACAGCAACAGCAGCUCCUCCUCCAAACACGACAGCCGACAGGACAGUUGGGAGAUUGUAGAGGGGCUGCGUGGAGGACACAGUAAUGUCCAGGAGCCCCAGAAGCAGGAUGGAUACAUGCUGAAGAGGAGGAAGUGGCCGAUGAAGGGAUGGCACAAGAGAUACUUCUACUUGGACAAGGGCAUCCUGAAGUAUGCCAAGUGUGGUGCUGACGUGAGUACAAAGAUCUGCUGCCCCUCUGUCCCCAUUCUGUCUGCUAGGACACUCAUCAAUCACACACAGCUAUCACAGAAAGCACAUCAGACUGACUUUCUCUCCUACAGCAUCUCUGACUUUCUCUCCUACAGCAUCUCUGACUUUCUCUCCUACAGCAUCUCUGACUUUCUCUCCUACAGCAUCUCUGACUUUCUCUCCUACAGCAUCUCUGACUUUCUCUCCUACAGCAUCUCUGACUUUCUCUCCUACAGCAUCUCUGACUUUCUCUCCUACAGCAUCUCUGACUUUCUCUCAUACAGCAUCUCUGACUUUCUCUCCUUCAGUUUUUUUGGGGGACCAAUUCGGCAUGUGUCUCUAGCCAGGCAGGCAUCGGUCCAUGCUGCAGGUAGCUUCCCUGUGACCUGUACCAGCCAAUCCAAGGUGGCCGCCUGGCUGCAGUCCUCAGACCACAUGAACAAGUGCUCUAAAGACAUGUCAGUGUGUGAGUCCUACCUGUUGGAACUGAACCAUCUGCUACAGAGUAUGGAGGUCAUCCACCGCACCUACUCAGCUCCAGCCAUCAACGCACUACUGCAGGCUUCUACAUUUGACACCCCCAAAAAGGAAAAAAGGCCCCCAAGGAAAUGGCGUGGUUCUAAAAACUAUGGCAAAGAUGUGAAAACAACACUGCAGGUUCCCAGUUGCAUCUCAUCUGGCUCCGUCCGUCUCCACGCUCCAACCCCAACCUCUCUACUGCAGCCCUGGGGACUGCAAGGGAUUAUGGGUCUGAAGAACGCUCUGUCCUCGGCUAUAGCCCAGAACUCUGAACUGAGAGAGCGGCUGAGCAACAUUCACGCUGAGUCCAGCUGCGUCCCAGAACCCUCCACUGGGCUCAUAAACUUCUCUGGUCCCCUACAGAAGCAAGACUCCACCGAUGGAUCCCACCCCCUAGUUCACCAGGCGUCCAAUGAGAGCAGAGCAUCCAUCACAGAGUCUCUAUCAGAGUUCUUUGAUGCUCAGGAGGUUCUACUGUCUGCCAGCUCCUCAGAAAACGAGGCCUCUGAUGAUGACUCAUACAUCAGUGACAACGUCAGCGACAACAUCUCCAUGGACAACUUCAGCAACGAGACGGAGAGACCUAACUCGGGCUGUGAAGAGAACGGGGCCCUUCUGAGAAGACGCAGGUCGUGCCUCCCGUCGGCCAGCCCUAACACCAGUAACAUCAGUCUAUGGAACAUCCUUAAGAACAACAUAGGGAAAGACCUCUCCAAGGUGGCUAUGCCUGUUCAGCUGAACGAGCCCCUCAACACCCUGCAGAGACUGUGUGAGGAGCUGGAGUACAGCGAGCUGCUGGACAGAGCUGCUGACACACAGGACCCCUUUGAACGCAUGGUGUACAUAGCCACGUUUGCAGUGUCGGGGUACGCGUCCAGCUACCACCGAGCGGGAGGGAAGCCCUUCAACCCGGUCCUGGGGGAGACCUAUGAGUGUGACCGCCCCGACAAGGGCCUCCGAUUUGUAGCAGAACAGGUCAGCCAUCACCCACCUAUAUCAGCAUGCCACGCUGACUCUAAAAACUACAUAUUCUGGCAAGACAUAAGGUGGAAAAACAAGUUCUGGGGGAAGUCUAUGGAAAUAGUUCCUGUGGGCACCACCCAUGUGAUGCUGCCAGGGUUUGGGGACCACUAUGAGUGGAACAAGGUCACGUCCUGCAUCCACAACAUCCUGAGUGGGCAGCGCUGGAUAGAACACUACGGAGAGAUCUCCAUCAGGAACACCAGCACUGAUAUCUGCCAGUGUAAGGUCACCUUCAUCAAGGCCAAGUACUGGAACUCAAGUGUUAACGAGGUGGAGGGCACCAUCACAGACCACAAGGGGAAGGUCAUCCACAGACUGUUUGGGAAGUGGAAUGAGGGGGUGUACUGUGGAGACCCCCCCUCUGCCACCUGCAUCUGGAGAGCCAAUGCCAUGCCGGCUGACCACGAGCAGUACUACGGCUUCACUAAGUUUGCUAUGGAGCUCAAUGAGCUGGACCCUUCACUGAAACUGCUGCUGCCUCCCACAGACACCCGGCUACGGCUCGACCAGAGGCUGCUAGAGGAGGGCAACGUAGAGGCAGCAGAGGAACAGAAGCAGAAGAUAGAACAGCAGCAGAGAGACAGACGCAGAGUCCUGGAGGAAAACACCAUGACACAUCAACCCACAUUCUUCAGGAAAUCAAAGGACGACACCUGGGUUAGCAACAACACUUACUGGGACCUGAGAAGGGAUCCAGGCUUUUCCCACCUGGACUGUCCUGUGUUGUGGUGACCUGAGGAGGGAACCAGGCUAUCCCCACCUGGACUGUCCUGUAUUGGGGUGACCUGAGGAGGGAACCAGGCUAUCACCACCUGGAAUGUCCUGUGUUGUGAUGACCUAAGGAGGGAACCAGGCUAUCACCACCUGGACUGUCCUGUGUUGUGGUGACCUGAGGAGGGAACCAGGCUAUCACCACCUGGACUGUCCUGCGUUGUGGUGACCUGAGGAGGGAACCAGGCUAUCACCACCUGGACUGUCCUGUGUUGUGGUGACCUGAGGAGGGAACCAGGCUAUCACCACCUGGACUGUCCUGUGUUGUGGUGACCUGAGGAGGGAACCAGGCUAUCACCACCUGGACUGUCCUGUGUUGUGGUGACCUGAGGAGGGAUCCAGGCUUUUCCCACCUGGACUGUCCUGUGUUGUGGUGACCUGAGGAGGGAACCAGGCUAUCCCCACCUGGACUGUCCUGUAUUGGGGUGACCUGAGGAGGGAACCAGGCUAUCACCACCUGGAAUGUCCUGUGUUGUGAUGACCUAAGGAGGGAACCAGGCUAUCACCACCUGGACUGUCCUGUGUUGUGGUGACCUGAGGAGGGAACCAGGCUAUCACCACCUGGACUGUCCUGUGUUGUGGUGACCUGAGGAGGGAACCAGGCUAUCACCACCUGGACUGUCCUGUGUUGUGGUGACCUGAGGAGGGAACCAGGCUAUCACCACCUGGACUGUCCUGUGUUGUGGUGACCUGAGGAGGGAACCAGGCUAUCACCACCUGGACUGUCCUGUGUUGUGGUGACCUGAGGAGGGAACCAGGCUAUCACCACCUGGACUGUCCUGUGUUGUGGUGACCUGAGGAGGGAACCAGGCUAUCACCACCUGGACUGUCCUGUGUUGUGGUGACCUGAGGCGGGAACCAGGCUAUCACCUCCUGGACUGUCCUGUGUUGUGGUGACCUGAGGAGGGAACCAGGCUAUCACCACCUGGACUGUCCUGUGUUGUGGUGACCUGAGGAGGGAACCAGGCUAUCACCACCUGGACUGUCCUGUGUUGUGGUGACCUGAGGAGGGAACCAGGCUAUCACCACCUGGACUGUCCUGUGUUGUGGUGACCUGAGGAGGGAACCAGGCUAUCACCACCUGGACUGUCCUGUGUUGUGGUGACCUGAGGAGGGAUCCAGGCUAUCACCUCCUGGACUGUCCUGUGUUGUGGUGACCUGAGGAGGGAACCAGGCUAUCACCACCUGGACUGUCCUGUGUUGUGGUGACCUGAGGAGGGAACCAGGCUAUCACCACCUGGACUGUCCUGUGUUGUGGUGACCUGAGGAGGGAACCAGGCUAUCACCACCUGGACUGUCCUGUGUCGUGGUGACCUGAGGAGGGAUCCAGGCUAUGACCACCUGGAUUGUCCUGUGUUGUGGUGACCUGAGGAGGGAACCAGGCUAUCACCACCUGGACUGUCCUGUGUUGUGGUGACCUUAGUGUGACUUUUGUGGCCACUGGUCACACACCUGAGUCAUGUUUAUUAGGCCCAGGACUGAAACAGGGAGGGACGACCUGAACGUGUCCAGUAAGAAACACUUGUUUGUUCAAAAGGCACCAAAUGGAAGAAAACAGACUGCAACUUCCAGUCCAAUAAGAAACUUUUUUUUUUCCAGUUGCAAAACGUUUUGCUACGGUGUGCACUUAUGAACACGACCCUGUUUGGACUUCCUGUCUGUACUGUGACCCAGGCUGGCUCUGGGGGCUGGAGUCCUGCUGCUCUAUCCGUCUCAUUGGUUUUGCCUCAAAUGGCACCCUAUUCCCUACAUAGUGUACUGCUUUUGACCAGAGCCCUGUGGGCCCAAGUAGUGCAUCAUACGCUAAAGGGAAU